AACAAAAAAAUGUUAACCUUUUAGCUGUGAAAAAAUCUGAAUGAUUGGCAAAGUUACCACGGAAAAGGUGGAAAAUAAAAAAAAAAAAAAAUCCCCAGUGUGUAUAUCUUAUUUAUUUAUUUAUUUUUUUUUUUUUUUUUUUCCUUUUUUUCUUAAACCGUUUUAGCAAAAUUGUUCCACCACCUCGAUCGCAACUACUUCAGUGGAGAACAGAAAAAUGCACAAAUUAGGACAGUUAGUUUGGCUGACCGGUAUUAUGCUUUGCUGCGCUUCCGUUUCCUCUUCUUCUUUUUCUUCCUCUUCCCUUACCGCCUUCACCCGUUCAGCGCCUAAUUAGUCGCCACAGCAGCAGAGCGCAUGCGUCCACAUGCCCGCUUCGACUUAGCCGUAACAGACCAGCGCACACUGCACAUAUAAAUGAAUAUCUGGCUGCACACCUACACCCUAGACGUUCCCUUCUUUCUGAAAAAUGUGCGCCACACGGGAAUCGAAGCGUUCGGGAGCGAGUACACCUUCUCCAUGGACGGAAUCACCGCUUGCAAACCGAAGAAGUCGACCAUCGGGCAGUACUGCAAGAGCUACGAGCUGACCUUCGUGGAAAUAACCUACGCCCAGUUUGCAGAAAUUUUAAAUGCCCUGGGAAAGAUAUACAGACCAAACAGCUACAACUUCGUGAGCAAAAACUGCAACCACUUCUGCGAUGACCUCUUCGAGUUGCUCAGUGGGAAAAGACUCUUUCAUACGUUUAUGAUUUAUUCUCGGCUGGGAAAGUUGUUUGGGAAUUUUAAGAACCUCGCCUUGUGUGGGUACAUCAACUCCAUGGAGCUUUCCCGCAGCGACAAGGAGAUGUACGUCUACGCGCUGAAGCUGUCCAGGUCGAUCAUCCGGCGGAAUAGGAGCGCGCCCGGCAAACAGAGGAGUGGGUUGCACACUGGCGUAGCCUCCAGCUUGACGAGCAAUUUGACGGGCAACCUGACGAGCAACCUGACGGGCGCCCUGCCCAGUAACUUGCCCCCCUGCCUCACGAACGGCUUGCCGCCCCUCCAUUUCAACAAGCCAAGCGACGACUACUCCAACCAGUUUUGCAGCCCCUCCCCCAUAUACAUCAUCCCAUAUACCCCCUACGCGAAUGACUCCUGCGUCGGCCAAAACGUCUUCUACGGGGAGAACACCUUUAACGGCCCUGUGAACUGCCUGCCUGAUGAGGCGCAGAAGGGGGUUUUCCCCAACGGCCAGUUCAGAACUGUUUAUUCGAUUAGCACGAGUGGCAGCUUUUCGAUGGCAUAAUGGGGUGAAAGCUAUACCGUAAGAGAAUGGUGCGAAUUUUCCAAAGGCACGAUACACUCCUCCGUGGGAAGACCCCAAAAGGGGAUGACCACUUGCACGCCUUUUUGGAAAGCACUUCCACCUUCGCUUUCCUCCCUGGGGGUAAAUUACAACAUGCGCGCUGCAAGCCGAAACAUUUUUUUUUUUUUUUUUAAUUCAACAAUUUAACACGCAAACGGUGCAUAGUACGUAAGCCAAUUUGCACUUCCACCUGAUGUGCAUAGCGCAUGGAGGAACUUACCCUCGCGGCCUUCGCAUUACAAGGCUGACUU